AUGGCAGAGCUAGGCAGGGACUAUCAGCUUGUCGAGGACUGCGGCUCCUUCUCGCGACACAUAAAGGUCCAAACAGGAGAGCCUGUCAUUGCAAUUCACUAUCUUCUACCAGAUGGAUCCACACAGCCCGGUGACCGGAAGGCUAUGCAGGAUUUUAUACACUUGAUUAAGGCCGUGAGCUAUCUGGCGAUACCUGCUCCUAUUGGUACCGUUGAGACAGAUGACUAUUGCUAUCUCAUCUACAUCGACCACGGAUACAAAAAUCUGAUGGACGUUGUCUCUUCAGCUGCGAAGCAGCAUACCGUCAGCGAGGAUGCCUUUUGGGAGAUCUGUGGAGAGCUAGUGUCAACUUUACUUCAUCUGCGGACGUGCCUGGCACACUACGGCCUAUCUCUUUACCUUGAAAGUCUUGCUUCGACAAAUAUUGUACUAGAUGAAGACUACAAGCCCAGAAUUCUCAGUCUUACUUGUCUCAAAUGCAUUUCAGACAAACCUGAGCAUCUCUUCCCGCAUUAUAGAGAAGCAUACGGUGUGCCAUCUAUUGACCUCCCUCACUCUGUUUUAGAAUAUUGUGAACAUGUGUCUAUCAAGGAAUCAGAUACCUUUCUGCGUGGUUCCGAGCUUAAUGACUAUAUUGCGCGAUCCCUUGGGUCUCUUCUAUACUAUUUGACAACAGGGAUGGAGCUUAAGCUCCCUCUAUCAAAUACAGAUCAACUACAGUCCGUAAUUAUGAAUGCCAGCGGCGUAUCCUCGGAAAGGAAGGCACUCUUACUGGGGUUGUUGAGCAGCAACUCUAUUGAGCAGGAUCAUCCGUUGGACUUAUAUGAGGUAUAUUGCAUAUGUUGCCAGCAGAUAGAUAAGCAAUCAGUGAAGCAAAUGGACUCGAGACCAGGGCAUGAUUCUGCAUCGGAACCCAUAUCGAAGAUGCCAACGGGUACGAUGGACACCGUAGAAUCCUUGCAAAUAAAGAACGCUCAGCUUGAAGGAUAUACCUCUCAGAUAAUGAACGAGCUAAAAAGCAAAAUGCAAGAGGUGUCCGACUUACGCGCGCAACUUACAGAGGCUCUCAAGCAGGGGGAAGUGUUCGCCAAGCAGUUGCCCCUGUUUCAAAAAGAGAUAUCCGUGCUCAGGAAGAAACUUACAGAAAAGUCUGCUGGGCCACCAUCUCCGCGAAGAGACAGCUUGGAGGAAGAAAACGCUGCUCUAAGAGAAGAGCUCAGUAAAGCGUAUACAGAUCUGCAGAUGGAGGUCGCGGUAAGAGAGGAUCUUGAGCGGAAGCUUAAGGAUGUAGCACCAUUAGCUACACAUGCCGAACAUAAGGACGUCGAGCUUGAGGUUCUUCGAGAAAAAAUUGUUCUUCUUCAGAAGAAGAUUCAAGAAAGAGACGAUCUCAUUACCAGCCUCUAUACAAGCUUGCACUCCCUAGAGUCUAUUAAGCUACCUGUCAAAGCUCCAGAUCUCGUCCGGCCAAGUGUUCGCCCGGCUCUGGUUGUCGACACGCCUGGACCUUCGGCAACGGUUAACUCUGUAGACCAUAAUACGGUAGCGCAGCAAGGAGAGUCACCACAUGCACGCAGCGACGGGGAAGCUAGCAGUAUCAUCGGUAGUACUAGUAUCAGUGAUAGCCAUGGAACACGCAGACAACUCACAGAGAUUUCGGCAAUGAUGGCCACCAACCACUCACCGACGCCAGAUAUGGUGUCCCCAUCUAUAGAUGCACAGCUUUCAAGACUGAUAACUAAUUCCGUACAGCGCAUGCCUAUUUCAACCAAGAAAGAAGAGCGAGGAGAUGAGCUAAAUAUAAAGGAUCUUGAGCUGAACAAACCAGCAAGAGGGAUUGUAAGUGUACCCAACAGAUCCAAAAGUACAAGGAAUGUUCUAGACGAGCCAGGUCAGAAGGGAGACCUCAAAAAUCCCAAGCCGAGUGCCCCUGACCGAAUCUACUCUAAGAGUGCGAAGCGCCCUCGUGUCAAGACACCAUCGCCGAAGGUCGAUAAUCAUCAUUUUCUGAAGGCACGAUCUCCCACACGAGAGCAAGAGGUGACGGAGAAGCUUAUUGAGUGCAAACUUCCCAACCAGAUUAUCAGGCUGAAGUCCGAGCUCACCCCUGCCGAUCGCCUGAUGCAGAAGUUUGACUACAAUUCAGAGUACACUAUUAAGAGCGGUGAGAAGAACUAUACCCCACUUAUGGAGAUAAUAUGCAACACUAGGCAGCCGCGGGCAGCAGGGAGCAAAUCUGUCAUCAACUUCAAGAGCUAUGCUGGAUAUAUUGGCCAACAGAAUGACCAGGGCCUAACCGCCCUUAUGAUAGCCAGCAUGAAGAACAAUGAACAUGCAGUCAGGUUCCUGGUUAAGCAUGAGGCGAAUCUAUUAACUGUGGAAGGAUACAGUGCUCUCUACCUGGCCCUACUUUCCAAUCACGUCGGAAUUGCACGACUGCUACUGCCAUAUGAAGGGUUUGCAUAUGAGGAAGAUCAGCAAGAACUCGCAAAAGAUGGCAUGACACACCUCAUGGCGGCUGCUUCAUCGAAUGAUAUUAUAAAGACAUUCAUCUAUCUAGAUUCACAGAGAGGAAGACAAAAUGCUUCUGGAUACACAGCGCUGAUGCUGGCGGCAGAACGAGGAAAUGCAGAGAUAUGUCAGCUGCUGGUGUCAGAAGAGAAGUGUCUCAAGAAUAACGAAAUGGAGACUGCUCUCAUGCUUGCUUCCAGAAACGGACAUAAGAAUUGUGUGCGUAUCUUGGCCACAUCCGAGAAGGGUCUUCAAAAUAAAAAGGGCCAAACUGCUCUGAUGUUAGCAAGCAUUGCUGGGUACCACGAGCUGGUCAACAUCCUCAUCAAUUCAGAAGCAGGGAAAAAUGCGUAUGUCUUUGAUAAGGAGACAGGAUAUACUGCUUUAAUUUAUGCGAUAAAGCAUAAGCACAAGGAGUGUAUUGAGAAACUGGCUCAGAGAGAGGGCCGCAAGCCAGACAUGCGCGGAAACCUACCUCGUAUGUUCGCUUCCACCAAUGAUAUUUUGAAACUCUGCCAGCUGCUUGGGAUACAGUAG